AUGGGGAAGACACUGGAUCUUUCCAAGCUCACGGAUGAAGAGGCGAAGCAUGUCUGGGAGGUGGUUCAACGGGACUUCGACCUUCGAAGGAAAGAAGAGGAAAGGCUAGAGGGGUUGAAGGGCAAGAUUAAGAAGGAAAACUCCAAGAGGGAGCUGCUUUCAGACACAGCCCACCUGAGCAACACCCACUGCGCCCACUGCCUGCAGCCCUACCGGCUCCUUGAGACCCCCAAGAGGCAAUGCCUGGACUGCCACCUCUUCACCUGCAGAGGCUGCAGCCACCCCCACCCAGAGGAGCAAGGCUGGCUCUGUGACCCCUGCCACCUGGCCAGAGUCGUGAAGGUGGGCUCCCUGGAGUGGUACUACGGGCAUGUGAGAGCCCGCUUCAAGCGCUUCGGGAGCGCUCAGGUGGCGCGGUCCCUCUGCGGGCGGCUGCGAGGAGCAGGUGGGCCUGAGCAGAUGCCCGGAGACCCAAGUGGAGAGGAAGAACAGACUGAUGAGGAUGGAGAAGGGGACACAGCGGCCCAGGCUCAGCCCCUUGGCAGCCAAAAAAAGCGCCUCCUCCCCGUCCACAGCUGGGACUUUGAGGCCGACUCUGACGACUCCGAUCCGUCCUGCGGUCCCCCGCCAAGCCUAUCCUCGGUUUCAGGGGCCACGGACAGCCUGCAGGCCCUCACAGAUGACCCCUGCACAGAGGAGACCACCUCCCAGGAGGCCCGGAUCCUGGACCAGGCUGAUGCCAGGGCCCCUGGAUGCCACCCCCAUCCAGAAGAGCAGAGGGUCGGCCUCUCGCCUGCCGGACCAGACGAGCUCUCAGAGCCCUGCCUGCCGGGGGAGUCCUGCACUGCAGGCCCAGGAGUCGCUGCCACUCCUGGGCCAAACAUCCUCAGGAGUGGGCAGCUGCCCUCCCAGUAUCUGGCCGACGUGGACACCUUGGAUGAAGAAAGAAUCUGGGCUCAGAGAGUGGCCUUUCACCAUCCCAGACAGACAGGCUGGACCACAUCGGAGAACCAGCAUCCAGGUGGCGACGAGCCCACCGAUGCCGACGUGGAAGAGGCGGCCCUCAAGAGAAAGCUGGAGGAGCUGACCAGCCAUGUCAGUGACCAAGGGGCCUCAUCCGCGGAGGAAGAGGGCACGGACUCAAGGGCUGGGAUGGGCAGAAGCAAGCCUGCCGAGGGCCACCGCAGGGCCACAUGGGAGGUAGGCACGGCUGCAGGCCAAACCCCCAGCCGGGAAAAGGACCCGCUGAGUCCUGGGGACCCCGAGCAGCCCAGCAGGACCACGGAGGCGGAGCUGGCGGAGCUGGAGGGCCGAGUGGCCGCCACGGCCUGUGAGGUGCGGCGGACAGAGAGCCAGGUUUCGAAUAUCGAGUCCAGGAUUGCAGCCUUGCGGGCAGCAGGGCUCACCGUGCAGCCCUCGGGAAAGCCCCAGAGGAAGUCUAACCUCCCGAUCUUUCUCCCCCGGCUUGUCAGGAAAUCUAGCCAGAGUCUGAUGGAUCCAAAUGCAGACCCUUUGAAUGAGGCCGAGAUGGAGGCUGUGCCCUGUCUCGGGAAGAGGAAGCUCAGCAACCACCCCAAAAGCCAAGACAAAGAUGUUGACUCCUUCAGUCGGAAGUCCGUGUACCGCGGAUCCCUGACCCAGAGAAACCCCAACGGCAGGAAGAGAGCCGCCAACCACAGCUUUGCGAAACCUGUGAUGACCCACCAGCCCUAA